UGUUGAGCAGUGUCAAUGUUCCUGUUGACUGCGCUGAUCCUGCGUACCUACCGCACCACCCAGUCUGCCAACGAUGAAGGCACCGUCUAAAUCAUGCCUACGAGUGAUGCGCCGGCUCGCCUAUCCAAUAUCACCACAUCUUGAAUGUCUUGUGCAGCGAAGAUGCUACGCUGCGGUUAUAGAAAAGCCAUCGUCACCUCGAACGUUCAAAACACCAUCCUCUCCUGCAAAUCCAGAGUAUUUGCGGCCGCCGGCAACGCUGCCACCCUCUUCGAAACGAGCUCUGAAGCCACCGCCAGCUGCGAAACCGGCCGCAGCAGCGCCGCGCGCUGUGUUCCGGCCCACGCCAACAGGGCCAGAUCUCCGUAAGAAACAUGACGACGAUGAGGACUUCACACCUUACCCGUUGACACGGCCCAUCGGAAUGCCGGAUCCUCCUGAGCCGACAGACAACAUUGGGCUUGAUCGCCGAACCCUGCGGCAACGGAGAGAUGAUUUCCACAAUUACGACAAACAUAUUCAGCGGAGGGCAAACAUGACGAAGCAGAUCGCAAAGCCGUAUUUCAGAGACUGGAGUAAUAUGCGCUUCUUCAAGGGCAAAGUCUUCAUUGCGCCUGAGCGGUUGUUUAGGGGCGAUGUUGCCCUGUGGUUCCCAAACUUCUUUGGCAAGACAGCUGCAAAGGACGUCGUGAGACGAGGGAUCGCUGACGGUUACGGUGGGCUUGGUCGUGGCACUACUGAAGUCAUGCGUAACAAAGUGUCCGUCGUAAGCAUUGUAAGCAACAUGUGGGCGCAAGGCCAGGUGGAUACAUUUUGCGGAAAGGAACAAAACCCAGAUCUGCAUCGAGUACUGGCGGAGAACCAGGACCUUGCACAGCGAGUUGAGAUCAACUACGAGAACAAUUUUCUGAAAUGGUGGCUUCUGCAGAUCUUUGCUUCUGGCUUACGGAAGACCCGUACACCGGCUGAGCAGGAGCGGUACUUCAUGGUCCGUAGGGGUGUGACAGACAUCAUGAAGGAGGCUAUCGGACUGCUAAACGACAAGGGCGGAUACGUGUAUCUUGUCGAUCAGGAGUGUAAGAUACGCUGGGCUGGUAGUGCAGAGGCGAGCUCAGCGGAAAAGCAAAGUCUUGUGGAAGGGCUGCGUAGAUUGAUCAAGGAGGCAAAGACGCCAAAGGAGGAGCGCAUCGACCCGGUGCUGCGUAAAGAGCAGCUCGAAGCUGCCGUAACAGAUCUGACCGACGAGGCUGCAUUGCCCGAAAAGGCUGCGGCUGCCGCAUAGAGAAGGAAGAGUAGAUUUACGGCGCACAUGAAUACCCUCUUGAUUGGUACUGUUCAAACCGCGACUUCUCUGAUCGCCGUCAUUUGGACGACUGACCUGUUUCACAUCC